AUGAAUCUCUUUAAGGAGAUACUGCCCAGAGUAAGGAAGAUUCUUUCAACUGCUACAUCUUCUGAUGACCACAAAUUGCUUAACCUCAUGCUGAAAGAAGAUGUGAUCUCCAAGGAGUACCAUCAAGCCUUGCUCAAUGAAAAAGAUAAAGAGGACCUUGCAAGGAAAAUAUCUCUGACAUUUGUGGAAAAAUGGGACAUGUGCUUGAACACUUUGGUUCCCUUCUGUUGUUUAAACGUCUGUGGCAGUGGCAGUAAGCCUCAAAACAUUACAGACAAUGGGCCAACAGGAAGCAAUUACAUUUCUGACAGCAAGAGACAAAUCAUGGAUUCAGCUUUUUUGCCUGAAAAUGGCUAUCUUGCUAUGCUGCAUGGUGAUCUUGAUCUAUUGCAUACUUUUCUUGAUGCUAAGCCACCUGGAGAUGAGGAAGGGGACUUCUUUCCAGUUCUGGAUCCUGAAGUUGAUGACAGCAACUGUGAGCAGUCCAAUAAUAUGGAUUUCCUGUAUGCAAAGGAAAGUGAUGAAAAUGGGGAAGAAUUGUAUGUCUGUUCCAACACCAUAGAAGCCUAUGCUAGAAUAGCUGGAUUAGCAGAAUAUGUGCUAAAAGAUCAGCAAGAGAAGCACAUGGAAGACAUUUUUGCAGGGAGCCUUAUUUUGGAUGAAAUGGCUGCUGAAAACACUGAGAAAUUUACUGACAUAGAGAUGCAGAAAUGUCACAAACGAACCUUCUUGAGCUCUUCAGAGAGUUGCUCUGAUGCUUCAGUACCCAAAUACAGGAAAACUGUGGAAGCCCCUGCAGUGUCUGCAGGAAAUGGCAGUUUCUUAGCUAUGCCUCUCAGCAGCCAUCCAGCUACCUCUGCCUCACUAUCCAACCAGCACAUGUCCUUUUCUCUUCCUGCUACCAACGAGUUGGAGAGGAGUUCCAUAAUCCCUGGUAGGUACACACCCUUGAGUCCAGAGUGUCUACCUGUCGGUGUGAAAGGAAGCCAAGAGAAUACAGGAUUUGCAGAUCCUCCUCAGCAGAUAUUUAACUUGGUUCUUGGAAAUGGCUAUUCUGAUGUUAUAAUAUAUCCAGUGCUGACUUCUUCCACAGAAACAUUGAUAUAUCCAAGUUUUCCAGUUAAUUUAUGUAGUUCAGAACUGUUCAAAGAGAUCCCAGUUACCAUCAUUCCUUACAAAGAACCUUUCAAAAGACCAAAGCCAGUGGAAGCUUUCUGUGCAUCACUCGUGGAUUAUUUCAGAGAUAUGUGCAAAUAUGUGGCCAUGGAGCGUGAAGUAACUCUUGAUCACCUGUUUAUUGGUGGAACACUUGUUCAAAGCCAACCUGAAACCAAGACUGGGAAGAAUAGCACAAAAGCAAUGGAAAAGGAACUGGUAACCUGCAGUCUGCAAGGAAAGGAAGAGACAGCCCUUAAAAGAAACCAAAUAUUUCAAAUCCCAGAAGGUAAACACAUAGAGACUAAAGUGAUUUUGGUGCUGGGAAAAGCAGGAAUAGUUGGAAUGGGCAAAAGCAUGCUUGUUCAGAAGAUCUGCCAAGACUGGUCCAAUGGAGAGUUUUCUCAGUUUGAAUUUGUUUUUUGGUUUGACUACAAACAAAUAAGCUUGCCUGAGAAGAAAUACAGCCUGAAGGAUCUGCUGCUUGAAUUUUUUGUAAAACCUCAAGAGAGUAGCAAAGAGAUCUUUGAGUAUAUAUUGCAAAAUCCUGCUAAAGUCCUUCUGAUUUUUGAUGGUUUUGAAGGGUUGCAUGUUCAUGAGAAUUUUCCUUAUUGCUCAGCCAGCCAGCCUGAAAAAGACUUGUGCAGUGUAAAGGAGCUGCUUUCAGGACUCAUCCAAAAAAAGAUACUGAAGGGUUGUACUUUAUUACUUACAGCAAGACCAAAAGACAAGGUGUACCAGUAUGUGUCCAAAGUGGAUAAGACUAUUGAAAUAGUAGGAUUUUCCCCUCAGCAGAGAGAACUGUACAUAACCAAAUACUUUGAAGGAUUACCCUACUGUGAUAAUGCACUGAAAUUGAUCAAAGACUCUGGGUACUUGUUCAGUCAUUGUUACAGCCCUGUUAUGUGUAGAUUUGUUUGUUUUCUCUGUGAGACAGUUCUUGAAAGGGGAGACCAAAACCUUCCUUCAACUCUUUCUAGAAUCUUCCUGAAAUUUGUUCAGCAAAAGAUAAUACAUAUGCAAACAGAUGUUACAGCCAUGCAAAAUCAAGAGAGUCUUGCUACACUAGCCCGUAUAGCCUGGUAUCUUGGAGAAAAGCACCAAAGUGCCAUGAAAAGUGAUCUUCUUCCUUCUAAGAAAGUUAAAGAGUUUGCUCUGAAAUACGGAUUUUUCCUGCCAUUUGCAUUCCCCAGACAUUCAGAUAGUGGAGAAGAGGAAUUUGGGAGCACAUUCUCUGAUUUCAUAAUUCAGAAUUUCUUGGGUGCGCUUCACCUUAUGCUGCCAGAAGAGAUCAAGGAUAAAAGUCUAACCAAGUACCUGUCUUUUCUAUCCAAGAAGAAAAAACUUUAUAGCUGGUUAGAUUUAGUGCCUCGAUUUUUGGCUGGUUUGUUGUUCCUCCAGGAUGACCCCUACUUCUGCUCCCUUUCAAGUAAGGAUGUAAAACAUUCAAUCAAGAAGCAGAAAAAAUUCUUGAAAUAUAUUAGAAGACUGAAGAUGAACAAGCUCUGUCCGGAGAGGUUACUUGAGCUUUUACAUUGUAUUUAUGAAACACAAAACAAUUAUCUCUUGCAGCAUGUGGCCUUAAGGCUCAAACCAGACCUGUCUUUUCUGGACGUAGGUCUUACACCACCUGAUGUCCAUGUAGUGCACUCUAUUUUAAAAAGGUCAAGAAAAGAGUUUUCCUUGGAUUUGCGAAACAGCAGCAUUGACAUGCAAGGGCUAAAAGACUUGAUUGGCUUAAAGAACGUGGCAUCAUUCAGGGCCUCCCUCAGUGAUGCAGUCAGGCUCUGGAAAUCUUUAGAACAGACAAAAGACUACGAGCUGCUCAGAGCAUCAACAGAGAAAUUUGUUCUUGGCCCCUUUAAGGCAAAGACAAUGAAGGACAUCAGUGACCUUUCAGACCUUGUAGAGGUGCAGAAGAUGAUUAGCUGUGUGCAAGAGGCAUCUGGUUGCAGCAGCUAUGAAAUUCCUGCCAUCAAAAACCUUCAAAAACUAGAAUUUGCGCUAGGUCCAGUGUGUGGCCUUCAGGGACUCCUAAAACUUGUGGAAAUCCUGGCAGCAUUCCCAUCACUUCAACAUUUAGAGUGA